CACAUUGGCCUGCGUCUUUUUUUUUUUUUUAAUGCGUUAAAAAAAAAAAAAAAAAAAAAAAACUAGACAGACAUUUCACGUUGAAUUCUGCCUUUUUCAUUUGUUUGUUGGUGUGUGUGCGUUAGUGCGAUUGCAUUUCGGUGUUGUUUAGUUGUUUCGAUGUGCAACCACAAAUUUUGUGACAGUGAAACAAUACGUUUGCAGUUUUUACGUGUGUCUGUGUGCAUUCGCAUCCAGUGAAAAGUCUGGGGUAGUGGACUAACUGUUGAAAGGAUUUAUUUAAAACCUCCAACAGAAUUCAAGUAAAAAAAAAAAAAAAAAGGAAAGAUCUAGACAGUUUGAAAAGAGAUUGUUGUUGUUGUGAUUAAACACAGUGUUUUUUUUUCUUGUUAUUUAUCUUGUACCUCCAUCCUAAAACAUUUGGCAGAGUGUGUGUGUGUGUGUGUGUGUGAGUGUGUGAGUGACCGUGUCCCAUUGGAAUUUCGUGUAAAAAAAAACAAAAACAAAACAAAGAAGAAGCCAAUCAAAACGAAAAACAAAAAAUCAAAAGAAGGGGGAGCUUUUAAUUUCACAGCAUGAUGCCUCGUGCGGCCACUCCGGAAUCGAAAAGUCCGUCGACGCCAACCGGUCCGCCGUCGGUUGCCCGUCCGAGGAUCGGAUUCUCCAUCGAUUUCCUAGUGGGCACCGGUGGCAAUAACGAUAAGAGGAACAGCCCCAAGUCGUCGGAAUGCGAGGCCGCGUUGACGGACAAGAAGAAAUCAUCAGUGGCCGGCAGCGGAGGCGGCCAAGAGGACGCUAGGGACUCGUCGCCCGUCCAUUCUUCUUCGACGCCCAACUCGAGUCGAUCGGCCAGUCCGGCCAACGAUCACGGCCCAACGGCCGACAACGACGGCCGAUUGAGGCGCUUGAGCGGCCAACAGCCGUCAGCCGCCAUGGGCGCUGGAUCUCCGCUGUUCCAGGCGUGGAAUCCCGGAUCGGUGAUUCCGGCAACGGCUGGCCAUCACCCACCUCCUUAUUUGGAUAUGGCAGCGUUGGCCAACCUCCGCCAGCUUUACGAGCAGCAACAUCCGGGAGCUGGCGCCAGGCCUGCGUUCUUCCCACCUCAUCAUCCGGCCGGAUCGGCUUUCUCGCCGGCCAAUUUCCCUCCACCGCCGCAGCAAGCACCUCCCGGACAAUCGCCGAUGGCCGGUAAUAGUCACGGUCCAGCCGCAAUGAUCCGUCCCGAUCAGCAGUCCAGCCUAGCCGCCCAGCAAUGGUGGCUCUUGGCUCAGGCCCGUCAACAUCAGCAGAGGCUUUUCGCAGCAGCUGCUGUCGCAUCCCAUCGUUUCCCGCCAGGACCUGCUGAUUUGGCGGGUUUCCUGCUCUCGCCCUUCCGCAAACCCAAGCGCGUACGGACGGCCUUCUCGCCCAGCCAACUGCUCAAGUUGGAGCACGCUUUCGAGAAGAAUCACUACGUCGUCGGUGCUGAACGCAAACAGCUGGCUCAGUCGCUCAAUCUCACCGAAACUCAGGUCAAAGUUUGGUUCCAAAAUCGGAGGACGAAGCACAAACGAGUCCAACAGGAUGGCGAAGAUGGUGCGGACGAUCCUCCGCCGGAUGGCAAACAAAAGCAGAGAUCCAGCGGAGGGGGUAGUGGCGUCGGAGGCAACGGGUCUGCAUCGUCGUCCGGCGGAGGCUCCAGUGGCAAGAGCCACCACCAUCAACAUCACCAACAAUUGAUGAUGGCAGGGCACAGUAUCGGCGACGAGGAAGACGACGACAGCGACAUGUCGUGCGAUAUCGAACUGGAAGACUCCGACGAUCCGAUGGAUCAUCAGCAACACCUCCCUCGGCACCAUCCACAUCAUCACCAUCAAGCCACUUGAGAACAAAAAUACAAACAAACAAAGGCCCGAUCUGAAUUAGCGAAGCUGACGCGUGUCAUCAUCUCUUAUCAUUUCAUUUCUUUAUCAUUUGUGUAAGUUUGUUUUGGAUUAUUAUUAUUAUUAUUAUUAUUAUGAUUUUGGAAUGCAAAUUUUCGAUUUGCGAGGGGUCUCUUUUUUUUUUAAUUAUUAAAUAUCAUUUGUUUUUCUUUGUUUGUUUUUGUGAAAGAAUAAUCCAAUUGGGAUUGAAUGUAAAUGAUCAUUGCCAUUGGUGCGUGUUGCUUAUGUGUCAUCGUGUACCCACCUCCUCAACCCCCCCCCCCCACGUUUCCGUGUUCCAACUGUUUGUUUCGAUUGCCCAUUGCACGACAAAAUAGAGAAGAAACAUUUAAA